AUGUCGAGGCCUCCAAUACGACCACAUGGUCAUUAUGGCACACCAAGACCUCUCAUGGACCGCCAGAUGGAACGAUAUCCGCCACAAACAGUGUGUCGUCUCCUUCAGCUGGACAAUCACAAAUUGGACCGAUUAGAUGAUGCCGUAAGUGUAGAUUAUAUAAUGAGUUAUGUUUUCAGAACAAAUUGCUGCAAUUUGAAGAUAGUUAUCUUCAACUACAAGCUAUUGUCACCAAGGUUCCGGAUAUUAACAUGGGCGAAUACUUGAGUAAGAACCCGAAAGGCAUUGAUAUGGUUGGAAAAGGUAGCAUUGUUGGGUUUCUUUGCGAACCUGCUGAAGCUAACAAGGUAAUUUUAGAUUUUUCAUUUUGUAAUUUAAAUUUUAGGCAGUAAAACAGUGUAAAAUAUUUAAAAUUGACUAAAGUCUGGCUUUAAAAUACUAAAAAUAUUGUAUUUUUAGUACUUUAACUACUUGUCAGUGGCUGCAAAAGGUGACAAUUGGCAAGAAAUAUUGACAUCGAUUAACAAAGUGAUUCUGGAUGGAUUUUGCUUGCUGAAACCAUUAGUUCGACUCAGAUUCAUUGAUCUGAUGGAGUACCUGGUGCUUGAGAAUGUACCAUGCUGUGAUUGUGCUCUGUUUAACUUGUUUAGAGAGACAAAUAGCGGUAAGUAUGAGGCUUUUUUAAUCUAUUAAGACAAUGAAUACGAGUUUUUAAGCUUUUAACUUGUGGUUUAACGAAGAUAAUGAUGUUUUAUUGACAUCUACUACAAUGUCUUAAUUUCAAUAAAAGUCUAAAUUAAUGUUUUAGGUGGAAAAUGUGGUGACGCAAAUCACAUGCUUGAGAUUGCGGAGCUACAAGCUGAGUUGAUGAUUCGCCAGAGAGAUUGGUUUGCUCGGAAUACCUUCAGUUCACCAUUGAGUGCUAUAAUAUUCAUAACAUUCAGUCGGAUCUUGGCUGAAUUACCGCCAAGUCGAGAGAAACUACAACAACUAUUAUGUGCAGCUCUCGACAUUCUCUUACACGAUCGUUUUCGGGAUCUGUCGUGGAAUGGGCGUGAGCAGGUGUUGUUGAUGUUGAGGGUAUCUAAGGUGCCGUACUUUCGGAACUACUGGAAGAUACUGUUACAUAACCCAAAAUUGUUGGGGCUGGAGACAUUGCCAAAGUUUAUGAGUGUAAAACCGACGUCAAAUGCUGUACAGUACCGAGUGUCGUAUCGAAUACAGAAUGUCAUCGAGAAUUUACUGCAAUAUAAGCCGGAACUGAUUGAUAAAUACUACUUUGAAUGGUUUAAUAGAGAGGUAAGGGACAUAGAAUGAAGUGACAGAUUUUAAGGAUUGUCUGGAAGUUAAAAGAGUUUUGAAAACGGGACAUAAAAUUUUUUUAAACAUCUAAAACAAGGUAAAAUAAGCCAUAAUCAACUUUUUUUCAGUUUUUGUCGAGCUUUGACGCCGGUGCUCUUCGAAUGGAUGUAAUACGAUAUGUUGUGACUAACAGAUUAUACAAUAUAGAACACCUGAGGGCAUCUAGAGUGAUGUUCUUAAUUAAACUUAUGAAUCAUUGUAAAGUAAGUUCUUGCGGAAACAUGGCUUUCAUUAUUAGUUUUUUUACUUUUCGGCUGUGGUUUUACCUUAGCUUUUCUCAUAUUUGCCCUAUAUUACUGAUACUGUACGUUAGUCUUAUGCUAGCCUGUCGCUUUUUACUUUCUUUACAAAACAUAAAAUGGCAAGAACUUUCUUUACAGAGCAUAAAAUGACAGGAACUUUAUUUACAAACUAUAAAAUGGCAAGAACUUUCUUUACAAGGCAUAAAAUGGCAAGAAGUUUCUUUACAAAUCUAAAAAUGGCAAGAACUUUCUUUACAAAAUAUAAAAUCGCAUAAACUUACUUUGCAAUGCAUAAAAUGGCAAGAACUUUCUUUACAGAGCAUAAAAUGACGAGACUUUCUUUACAGACUGUAAAAUAGCAAUAACUUUUUUUAGUUUACAAAUAUUUUGAAAUUCUAGACAGCGUUAGAGUUUCAACUGGCCAAACAAGCCUUGAUCUUCGACUGGAUUUGCACUGACAUUAGUGAAGUUAACUCUGGGAGUGCAGGUAAGGUUGGAAGUCAUUGUUUUAGGCCAUUUUUAAAUGCUUUGUGACAUUAUUAUGAAGGUUUAUGACGUUUUUUUGGGAAAUUUAUUCUUUCAGCACAAACACUUGAUCUACUCAUCACAAUACUCAAACAUUGCUUUAACAACACAGCGUUAUGUCCUUUAGGCAAUUCAUUGGUCGAUCUUUUGUUACGAGUAAGUUUUCAUGGUAAAAUACGUUGUUGACAGAUCCCAUUAAGAAUAUCUUCAUUAAAAUAUUUUAGUAUUUAUUGUAAAAUACGUCUUGAGAUCAUGUCUAACUUUUUAAAUUUUUCAAAAUUAAGGUAUAAAAAUUUUUGUUACCUAAAUUUAUAUUUUUCAAAUUUUAAAGUUGUUAUUGGAUAUUUUCAGACAGUUUUGGAGUUUCAACCAAUGUUAUCAAACGUAUUUCUAUCAAAUUUGUCGAAUUCUAUCAGAUGUGUACAGACGAUUCAGCCAGGGUAGGUUAAUAUUGUGGUAAAACGUGAUGACUUCCUUUACAUAACAAAAAUUGCAAAAAAGUUGCUUCAAAAAGCGCGAAAUGGCAAGAACUUUUUUUACAAAACAUAAAAUGGUAAGAACUUUCUUUACAAAGCAUAAAAUGACAAGAACUUUAUUCACAAUGCUUAAACUGGCACACACUUUCUUUCCAUAACAUAAACUGGCAGAAGCUUUCUUUACAGCAUAUAUUUCUAGAUGUCUAAAAAUCUUCGACCAUCCCCGAAUCGACCGGACCACACGAACAGCCUUAUCAACCCUUUUGCCCGAGUUUUUCGGCAAAAUACCUGAACCCCAAACUCCAAAAGCAGAGGAAACACGAAAACGAAAGUCUCCAGAGGAAGAAGAAUCAACCCCUGCCAAGGUCAAGAAGCCAGAACCCUUGGCCACUUCACCAACUACGGUCGCAAAAGGAUUGGCAGACGAAGCCAAGAAGCGAACUCAAAGCAAACUCAAGGAGGCGGGUGAACAACUGAAUGGGGAACUGAAGAAACGCUUCGAUCUUAUGAUGAACAUCACUUUGAGGAAUGGAAUCGACAGCGAAGAAGCUUUUAAAUCUGCGAAAACCUUCUUUACACGGCUGAGGUCAUUGAAAGUGACCGACGAACAGAUCGACGCCUUGGCCGAUUGUUUGAUCGAGUAUUGGGAACCGUUUUUGGUCGAUAAAAGGUUUUUGAAGAGGUGUAGGUGAGUAUAUUUAGCCUGAAAAUUUGAAAAAAAAAUGAAAAUGAAAAAAAAAUUUUUUUUUGAAUGAUUAGUUAAGUAUAUUGAACUAAAAAAUAGUUUUUAAGUUAAAAAAUUUGCAAAAAUAUAAUUUUUAAAUUUAAAAAGAAAAAAAAACUGAAUUUUUUGAGUGACAACAACUUUUUGAGCUAAUACAAGGGUUCUAAAAAAGUUUUGUCGUCAUUUUUUAUUCAUUUUCAGUGACAAAAACGACAAGACUUUUUUGACGCUUUAGUAUUGCCAUUUUAAGCCGCUUUUUGAUCAAAAAUGUUGUAGUAUCUUCCUCCUUCAGUAAGCUUUUUUACCUAUAUCAACAAUUUUAGGUAUAAACGUGAUUGAUUUGAGUCAUAAUUUUAUUUCAAGCCCUAACCUAUACCUAUUAGUUUGCUCAAAUAAUUCUGUGCCUCUUCUCAAAGCAACCUGUUGAUUUCAGGGGGCCCAGAAUUAUUUGAACAAACUAAUAUGUCACAACAUUGAGCCUUUUCAUAAUAAAAUGUUGUUUCAGGGCCAACAUGAACAAUGUGAUCUACACGUUCAUGGAGAACUGGACUGCCACAAGAGGCAAGAAGCCGGGCCGACAAACAUUUAUGGUUUUAGUGAACCGACUGUCCAUAAAAUCACCAGUUUUCGAUAUUCUAGUACUUAUUUAUGGGCUGGAGACAGAAGAACACAUGGAAUUGUACCAGGAGCUGGCCGAAGCCAACAAAUGCACCGUGCCGGAUCAGUUUGUUAAGGAUAUGCCGGUAAGUGGGAUAGGGGGUGGGGGAUAGGGUGUUAAUAUCAAUUUUUUUGAAGUGGGGAAGGGUAAAAUCACAAGUUGAUCAAAAAGAGUGGUGGGGGGGGUAAAAUUACAAGUUGAUCAAAGAGAUGAGGGAGGGGUGAAAAUCGAAAUAAAAAUUUUUUUUGGGUUUCUAAUUUUACAGGAAGUUCAUAAUUCUUUUUUGAAAAAAAAAUUUGGGUGGGUAAAAAAUCGGAUUUAAUUUCUUUAAAUUUUUUAAUUUAAAACGUAGAAUCAAAUUUAAAAAAUGCAUAUUUCUAACUCAAUAUCCCUUCAGAUAUGCUCAGUAGAAGACCCAGACACUGCCCAACUCGUCCUAACCAAAAUCGAGUCCUUCCCCGAACUCCACGGAUCCGUUCAACUGGUCGAAGUCAUGUGCAACUACAUUACUGAAGCCGAACUGUACAUUCUCAACAAAACCUUAUCACUGAAUCCGGAUGGCUUGAAACUUUUUGACCAGAAAACCUUUCACAAGCUGAUUAAACGAUCUCUGGCCUGGUCUCCCAACGCACAAUGGCUACUGUGGAAUCUGAUUCGAAUCGAAGGCAUCGAAGACGACUGGAUCACCUCUAUAUUGUAUUUGAUCAACGACAAAACAGACCCUGUAGCCAGCAUGAACAUUCUUACCUACAUUGAGUUUGCAGAUUUGGAAAUCGAUGUGGAGUUGGUCAAGGAUGUGUUCUUUCGACCGGUCAAUGAUGGACUGACCGUGACUUUUUUGAGGGUAAGGCAAUUUGGACUUAUUUUUGGGGAAGGCGUGGUUUUUAAAGUGGGGUUUACGCUUAAUCAUGGUUAAAUAUUCAAUCUACUAAUAAUGAGAAAGGUAAGGAAAGUUUUGUCGUUUUUGAUUAUGCAAAUGCAUAUCAAUUGACGACAAGACUUUUCGAGCACUUCAUACUUGGGCUGAUUUUGUGCUGGACAGCUCUUUCCUUCAUUACCUAAUCCAAUAAUAAAUUUUAGUCGAUCUUUCAAACUGACAAACAAACCUCAACUAUGGCGGAACAAACCACAAAGAUCAUGACCAGGCUGAUGAACUCGGACCGAAUCUCAAAACCAGACGAAUCGAUAUCACACAAAGCCGAAGCUAGAUUCGGAACUGUAGCGAAUGUCCUAAAACAUCUGGAGAAGAUCAAAAAGGCGGGGAACGAGGACUCGGUCUACUCCAAUUUUGUAAAGGCAGACAGUUUCGGUCGAUUUUACGAGAAAAUGAGCAUGAAACCAGGGUUUACGGACCUGGCUGAAGAAUAUAGUGGGCUGUUCAGUAUAUGGAAGAAGCUGAAUCCAGGCAAACAGGUGCAGAAGAAGAACAAAGAGCAGAAGGUAGCUAAUAGUAAUUAUAUUAACCAUACUUUUAUAUAUAUCACAUUAUUCAUGCCUCCGACCAACCUAAUAACCUUCUGAUUCUAGGAGCUCCGCCGGAAACGCACCGUGGACUAUGUUGAAUUGAGCGACGACGACGAAGAUUGA